UUAUUAAACUCCACGAAGAAGAAAUUGUUUGUCGCUUGUAAAUGGCGUAUACGGGAGUCACAUGUGGACAGUCUAUUUUCUGAAAACACAACAGUUAGGUUGUUUAUAGACUGAAAUCACAAAUUAAUUGGUCAUCUUCAGAUAUCAACACGCGUACACACAGAGAAAUAUGACUUCCAGCUGUCGACGCCCUGAGCACACAGCUCCUCCAGAUGUGUUCUACAAUGAAGAGGAGGCAAAAAAAUACUCUCAGAACUCUCGAAUGAUUGAGAUCCAGACCCAGAUGUCAGAACGAGCUGUGGAGCUUUUGAACCUGCCAGAGAGACAGCCCUGCUUCCUCCUAGAUGUGGGGUGUGGCUCUGGUCUCAGUGGAGACUACUUAACGGAGGAGGGACACUACUGGGUUGGAGUAGACAUCAGCACUGCAAUGCUGGAUGUUGCACUGGAGCGAGAAGUAGAAGGAGACCUUUUACUAGGAGACAUGGGGCAGGGGAUGCCUUUCCGACCUGGCACCUUUGACGGUUGCAUCAGCAUCUCUGCUUUGCAGUGGCUCUGUAAUGCCGACAAAAGGACACACAGUCCGCCAAAGAGACUUUAUACCUUCUUUAGGACUCUGUAUUCCUCUUUGUCAAGGGGCUCACGCGCAGUUUUUCAGCUUUAUCCAGAAAAUUCAGAACAGCUUGAGCUGAUCACAUCACAGGCCAUGAGGGCAGGUUUCAGUGGGGGCAUGGUGGUGGAUUACCCCAACAGCAGCAAGGCUAAAAAGUUCUUCUUGUGUCUGUUUGCUGGAGUGACUGGAGUCCUUCCAAAGGGAUUGGGAUCAGAAACGUCAGACAAAGCUGUUCCAAACCAGGUCCAGUAUUCGGGACAAAGAUGUCGCUUCAAGAGCAUGAAAGGCAAAUCAGUGAAGAAGGGCCGAGAUUGGAUCUUGGAGAAGAAGGAGAGGAGGAGAAGACAGGGACGGGAGGUUCGAGCCGACACUAAAUACACCGGACGUCAGAGAAGACCUCAUUUCUAGCUCUGACUCAUGCAGCUGUGCCUUCAUUAGCCUGCACUGCCCCACGCACGGUCACCUCUGGAGCAGCAGAAUGUUGGACCUUAAUUUCCUAAUGCUUUAAUCCAAGUAGAUGAGAUGCGAGAGUGAAAUGCUCCUUCGAUCAGCUGCUUCUCUGUUCGGUCAAAUGGUGGUAAGAUUGAACUGGCCGCGUUCAUGUUGGCUGGAGACACACAGGUGUGCACUGGCUGCUGCUGAUGUAAAAUAGUGAAGGCAGAGUUGGCGCUGACAACGCCAACAGUGUCAGAGUUAAAACAAAUUUUGAAUAAAUUAUCAAAUGUCUCAAUUUCUGGUUAGCUGUUUAUUGUAUUGUCUGCAUUACUUUCAGAAUUAAAACAAAGAUUCU